AUGUCGGACCUCCAAAAUCGUUUGGAGAAACUGCAGCAGCUUCUGGGUAACGGCGUGAAGCUUGCCGAAACGCCACACAAAGACAACCCAGAAAAUGAGUCUCUUUCAAGUGGCUCUGGAAAUAGUUUCGGAAUGGUGAUGGAUGAUGAGUACAUUCGAAAUGAGGAACGACUUGCAGCUAGAGAGCAGGCCUCUCAGGAACAGCUCCGAGCUGAAGUUGAAGCUGCCCGAAAAGACCGACUCGAAAGCAACAAGAGAAAAGCGUUCGACAACACUACUUUUCGCGUCGGCCAACCCGUCCACAAAGAUUUCACCUUCUGUCCGUUCAAAGUCGUUGUGUCAUAUCCCGAACGCUUCAUCGGCAAAGUCAACAAGCCUCGUGCGAAGCCAUUUUUCACUGAAAUUCUUCAGGAUCGAACUUGGGACUUUUUCUACCUUCAUCACCCCAUGGAGCCAGCCAGAGACCCUUACCUCUUGGUUCCAUCCGCCCAAUUCGAGGUUUUCCUCCAAGAAAUCAACCUCAAGCUGAAUACUGACCUCAGAAUCCCUGUUGGAGCCAUGAACAAGGACAAGUUCUACAUGAAGUUUGGUGAAGGGGGCACCCCUCGUCCCCGUUACUUGAGACGAUCUUUGGAUGCAACCUCCCUUGACAUUCGACCAUGGCCCGCCAUCGACCCCGAAGACAUAAGGGGCUUCCAAGCGGCUUCACCACCGCAACAGCUCACCUGGAGGUCUAAGAUGCGAACCGUUAAGACCGGCUUCUCAUCGAAAAAGACAGCAGAUCCAGACAAGGCUGCGAAGAAGAAGCGUCACAGGGACCAAAUGCUUCGCAACACACUGGGCUACCUUGGUCUUGCAGGAGACCCUGAUGGCCACGAUAUCGUUUUUAUCUGUGUCGAUGUUGAAGCCAUCGAACGGAGGCCAAACCCUAUUUCUGAAGUUGGAAUUUCCAUCCUGGAUACACGGGACAUCAAAGGCGUCCACCCUAAGGACGUUGGUCGUGGUUGGUGGCCUAUGGUCAAAACUCAUCAUCUUCGAGUGCGUGAAUAUGCUGGUUUGCGAAACUACCAAUUUGUCAAAGGGUGUCCUGACAAAUUUGACUUCGGAAAAAGCAUCUUCCCUCAGAAGGCCAAGCUUCAAGAAACCAUCAUGAGCAUCUUCAACCCCUAUCUUUCCUCACGGGAAAUCAUCGUUGUAGGACAUGAUGUACGACAGGACAUCACCUACUUCAACGAGAUAGGUAUAGACCUCCGAGCCCUGGCUGGAAUGAGAGAGCCUGUCGACACCCAGGACCUACACCAAGCUUGGUGCAGCUCACCCAAUGGACGAGGCCUCGUCACCGUACUCGACGAUCUGGACAUCCCAAACAAGCAUCUGCACAACGCCGGCAAUGAUGCUCAUUACACUCUUUGCGCUAUGAUUGGAAUUGCGGUGCAAGAGGCCAAUGGGGAGCAGCAGAACAACGAAAUGCUCAAAGGGGUGGAUUAA